GCGAGGAGUCAGGCCAUGGGGGCCUGGGGGCUGGGUGGGUGCUCAGGAAAGCCUCCGGCUCCAUGCAUCAUGGACCUGUGCCUAGAGACCCUGGAGGAGAGGCCUCUGCCCCUCAGGGGUGGGGGACCGGAGGACAAACCGGCAGGCGCCCCGGGGCAUCUGCGAGCAAUCUCGGCCUCUUACCUGUUCCAUUCACCUGCCCCAGCGCGCAGCACCCGCCCAGCUACGACUGGAAGGACCCUCCCGGUUUUCCCAAGGAUGCUCAUUCUCGAGAGGCCAGAAGUCGGCUCUUCCCAGAGGGCCUGUGACCAUGAGCAGCGGAGCUGGGUCACCAGAGAGAGAGCCUCCACCCUUGGCGGCCUUGUGAGCAAGGAGCCAGGAGCUGGUGGCCACACACCAGCUUGAGUCGUGGCUUCGUGACCUGGAGAAGCUGCUCCUACCUCAGGCUCCGCAUCCACAUCACGUGGACAGUGAAAGGGGACAGAGUCUGGGCCCGCCAGGUAGCCUCGUCCAGGCCCCAGAGCCCCAGUGUCCGUCCCGCCCCAGGGCCCACAGCUGUGUACCGUGUCAGCCCCUCGCAGGCCAAGCAGCACCCGAGGGGGCGGGAACUUGACGCGGCCUCUCCGUGUGAGAAUCCCUGCAAUUUCUCAGCGGCUGCUCCCGGUGGACAUUGUAUCAGGUACCGUGGGAUUUUAAAUAAGGCAAGAUCUUCUCGGUGGGAGUGGGGGGCGGCCAGUCUCAGCGAGGGGAGUCUGUGCUCCAGAUGGCAUGGCCUGUGCUGCGGACAAUGCGGCCCCUCACCUGGACGGCCACUCCUCCCGGCCCAGCCCACAGCCCAGGGCCCGUGGUGGGGAGAGCCGUGGUCAGCUCUGCUGGGAAGGGGGCCCCAUGGGAGGGAGAGGCCCCCAACCGUGCCGGCAUUUGAUGAAUGGAACACAAAUGAGGGCAGUUGUAGAUGGUGACAAAAGUCUGUGUGAAGAGCCCCGAGGUCUGCCCGGGGGUCCUGGACCUCUGAGCCCAGAAGGACCUCACUGCCUGGCUCCUCUCCUCUUCCCAGAGCGGAACUGGUUUGGUGUUCAUGCCAGAGGCCCGGCUUCCUUCUUCCUCUCUGCUCCCUGCCCUUUGUGCACCAACCGCGGCUGGUCAGUGCCAGUGUGGACAGGCCCCCAAGCGGGCAGACCAGCACUUCUUCAUUGGCCAUCCAUUCAAAGUGCUGCUCAUGGAGGAAAUCAGCUCCAGCCCCCUGGGUCCAGAACAUCUACCCAUUUAUCUUCAUUCUUUAUCUUGUGCAUGAUAGGCCCCGCUCAUCCUGCCUGCACCCGUCCUCAUGUUCUGGGUGUGAUCUUAGCCCAGCGUCUGGUGAGGUGGGUCCCUGGAUCUCCAGGGAACGUCGUGGUGUUCCUGCAGAUGCCCCCCACUCAGCCCUGCGGGGUCCUGCAGCCGCUCUGCCUCGAUUCCCACCACAUCCCUGCCCACUGGGUCAUCAUCAGACAUCCACCGGCCCGUACUCCUGCUCUGAGGUUGGGGAAGGGGCAGAAUGAGCAGGGGCAGAACACAGGGUCAGGGUCGGGGGUAGCCUGAGAAACAUGCUCCACUCUCCUGAGAUGCUCCCCAAGGGGCAGAGUCUGCACGGUGUCACCAUCUCUCACCAGACGUUUUCAAACGUUCACCCUGCCCCUCCAUUGAUUCGCUACAUCAGUAUUUACAUGGAAAGCCAGCGAGCAAACCAGAGUCAGGGUCAGCCAGGGCGGGUCGGCCUCCACCCUGUGCCUGGGCACUCCCGUUGCAGUGCGCUCAGUUUCCUGGAGCCUGGGCCUGGCCCGGCCGGUCCCGGGGCUGGUCGCUGGCUGGCGGGAAGUCUCACAUCCUGUCCUCCCUUCCUGCCCAGUAAACGCAUCUGCUCAGCAGGAGGGCUGGCCUGAGGAGGUGCCCGUGGGGCCUCCCAGCCUGGCGGGAGGGUGGCCGACUCUGGGUGUCCAAGCCGUGGGGUGCACCCCCCCUUUCCCCACUUGCACAGGGUCAGACAGCCUUCUGGCCAAUGUAUGGGGGCUUUACCAGAGGCAACAGAACACCCAACUCAGCAAGGGAAGAUGGGUGGUGUCCACAGCUCGGAGCCUGCCCGCUGAAGCUGGAGCGCCCUCUGCCCUCACACCCUGUUGCCUGCACCUCCACGUGCCUCAGCACCCCUCCCGCGUGGUACCGUGCGCGCUCGACACUCCUGUGGGUUGUUGCAGGGGCUGUGGCUCGCUGUGGACAUGUUUGUGCUCGUACCCCCGUGUCUCAGAAACAAAGGGAAAACUGCCCUUACGGUGUGGCUCGUGGUGUUCAGACAUCCCGGAAAUCACUGUCAUGGUUUUAGGUUUUGAGGGGCUAUUGGUUCACCCACAGUAGGUCAGAACUUAUUUAGUAACUCACACUGUCAGUGUUCACAGCUCGCAGAAGCAGAUCUGGCUGCAUUCCCGAAGUCCUUCUGGGUACCAGCCUGUGUAGGGUGAAGGGUCAAAGGUCAACCACUCUGGCUCUCUUGAGCAGAAUCUCCUUGAAUGCAGCACUCCCUGUGACUUGUUUCCAGCCAGUAGAAUUUGGCCAAGGGAAGGGGCUAUCAUUUCUCUGAUUGUGUUACGUACAAUUGUCAUGUCUAUCCUGCUGAGAUAUUCUCCUCUGUGCUGAUUUUAACCAAAGCAGCCAAGAUGGGGAGGUCUGCUUAACCAGGAACUGAAGGCAGCCUGUGACCAACAGCCAGCAAGAGCCUGAGGCCCUUGUCUGGUAUCCCCCAAGCACCCGAAUCCUGCCGAGAGCCCCAUGAGCUGCCAGAGGAGAGCCCAGCCCUUGGCGACAACCUCACAGAUGGCCCAGCUCAGCCACAACCAGAUUCCUGACCCACAGACCCUACAAGACAAGGACAUGUGCUUUUUCAGCGCAAGUUUGUGAUAUUCUUAUGCAGCCAUGGAUAGCUAGCCCAGGGUGGAUAGUGAUUGCGCCCUUUGUGAAUUCCAAAAAUGGUUUGGCCAUCACUGGGCCAAACAGCUGACUUUCUGAAAGGACAGUAUUUUGAAAGAUACUCAUUUGAACAUCUAACUUUAUAAAUGUUUAUUUAAGAUAAUCGCAUUACUUCAGCCAUUUUGGCUAAACAAUGCCUUACUGAGCACCCGCGAUAUGUGAUAGGGCUGCAUGUUCUAGAGACUUAUGCACGGGUGUGCAUUUGCGUGUCCACGUGUCUGUGCACAUCUGUGUAUUUGUGUGCAUGUGUGUAUGUGGUGAGUGGGUGCGAUUUCAUGUGUGUGGAUGAGUGUCAGUGUUUGUGAGUGUGUGUGUGGAUGAGCAUAGUGAUUAUCCAUGUGUUUGAGUGUGUGUGAUUGUGAGUGCAUGUGUGUGAUAGGUGAUACAUGCAUGUGAGCGUGUGUGUGUGUAGAGAGGAAGAAGCCAGAACAGGUGGGAUUGGGUCUGAGGGGUGUGCAUUGAAGGGCUCACUGUAGCCAGGUCAGGCACGGCUCUAUCAGGCUGGGGGGAGAGUUUCGUGUAGACCACAGGAGGGCAGUAGGAGAGGCAAUUAGUGGGAAAUAGUCCAUCUCUGGAGGGCCGUGACAGCAAAGCUCUGAGUGGCCUGUUGUCUCCUUGCCCAAUGCCAGACAACAGCAGCUGUAGGGUACAGGGAGCAGGGUCCAGAUUCGGGGGAGCAGGCAGUGUAUCAUUUCCUAGAUAAGGAUCUUGGAAUCCGGGCUGGACUCAGCCUUCACUUCAAAUCUCAGAUUUUUGGUUGGACAAAGAGGACCCAAAAGUUCCUCCUGCUGACUGAGCCAACAUGGUGGGCACAAGAAAUACCCAACUCAGAUGCCACAGGGAAACAUGAGGUUUAUCCUUGACCCCCCACUGGGAAACUGACAAGAUGCAGUCCUGCUUCCCCCCUCCCAUGACGCUGCUCCCAAGUAGGGGGCCUGGGCUGUAGAGGACCAAUGGUAGCCCUUGCCAAUGAGUUAAAAAUGCAGAACCAGCAGCUAGGAGCACAGACAUUGAAACCAGAGAGAUCUGGGUUUGAAUCCCAGCUCUGCUAUAGGAUGGCAAAGGAAUGGAUGGUUUGGUGAGUAAUAUGCAUGACUAUACUUAUACAGAGCCAGACUCACAGUUAACUCUGAUGGCUGCUGGCCCCAGUGUGAUCCCUAGAGCCCUUUCCCAGAGCCCUGGUACCAUCCCAGGCAUUUCCACCUUGGGCCAGUUCAGGCUUUGAUCCUCUUUGUGCUGUGUGAGCCAGGGAGGGGUAGAGUUCAUAGGGCCUCUUAGAGGCAAGACAGGUAUUUCAGGGAACUCCUUCUCACAUGGAACAGCUGAAUGAAACAGGAGGCCAGGCAGAAAGACUGUGGGUGCUAUGGUCAGACCAAGCUGCUCUCUGAUCCCAGCUCCCUCACCUCACAGCUGUGCAACCAGCCAGCAAGGUGCCUGAUUUAUCUGUGAUUCAGUUCCUCAAAUGGUAGGAUUGUGGCAACAUCACUUUGAGAGAGACAGUAUCACACAGGACAGCUUGGCUUCAAUUACACUCCUCACCUACUAGCUCUACACUUUUGGGUAAGUCACUUGGCCUAUCUGAAUUCAAGUGCCAAUAUCUAAAAUGGAAACAAUAUACAAAUCUUUGCCAUAGAGUUGCAGGAGGAUUGGAUGACAUAGUGCCUGUGAUGUUCUUAACAUGGAACCUAAUUUAAAUGCUCAAAACUCUUAGCUUUUAUAAUGGUAAUGAUGUGAUGAUGCUGGUGGUGAUGGUGAUUGUGAUGAUGUUAGUGAUGAUGGUGAUGGUGGUGAUGGUGAUGAUGGUGAUGUUGGUGAUGAUGAUGGUGGUGAUGAUGAUGGUGGUGAUGUUGAUGGUGGUGAUGGUGAUGGUGAUGAUGGUGAUGAUGGUGGUGAUGAUGGUGGUGAUAGUGGUGAUGAUGGUGGUGAUGAUGGUGGUGAUGAUGGUGGUGGUGAUGAUGGUGAUGGUGGUGAUGAUGCUGGUGAUGAUGCUGGUGAUGAUGGUGAUGAUGCUGGUGAUGAUGGUGGUGGUGAUGAUGGUGGUGAUGGUGAUGAUGAUGAUGGUGGUGAUGAUGAUGGUGGUGAUGUUGAUGGUGGUGAUGGUGAUGGUGAUGAUGUUAGUGAUGAUGGUGAUGGUGGUGGUGAUGAUGAUGAUGGUGAUGAUGAUGAUGAUGGUGGUGAUGUUAAUGGUGGUGAUGGUGAUGGUGGUGAUGAUGGUGAUGGUGAUGAUGGUGAUGGUGAUGAUGAUGGUGGUGAUGAUGGUGAUCUUGAUGGUGGUGAUGGUGGUGAUGAUGGUGAUGGUGAUGAUGACAGCAUAAACUCUUUUAUGUUUUAUCAUUUUCUCAACAUAAACUUUUAAUUAGUCUCUUUGGCAGCUCCUUUCAUACAUGCUCUCUCCAGCUCCUCUGUUCUUCCCAGAACCCAGUCCUAGUGGCACUCUGGACCCCUCACAUCUUUUGGGCAUCCCUCUAGUGCCCCUGGGUGCUGCCCCCCAAGUAUGCCUGUGAGAACUGUGUAAGUUUCUUAUUUUGUGUGACACACAGAAGGCAUUAGAUAUUUUUUGAGUUAAGAAGUUACAGAAAACAUUGCUAUAUGAGCGUAGAAAGAAAAAAGACUUGUUUCUAUAAGAGCUAAUAUCGAUGUAUUUAGAAUGACCUUUUAAAAGUAUGUGUGUCAAAAAUGUCAAAUCAGGUGCGGGAGGGACACCCAUAAGCAGUGGGCCCUGGGCCCAUGCUGUUCCACAAGCGUCCUAUGUCCUCGACACACUAAUAAAAGUGAAGCUGGAGUCCUAGCCGAGGUGUUACUACGGAGGCCUUUGUGUGGAAAAUGGUGUGAGGCUCCAGUAACAACAGAAAGAGUACUGACCCUGUCUUGAAAACUUUGAAAAUAAGUAUUUAUGUUUUCAGAGAAAGUGUUACAUGAUGUGUAAACUUAAACAAGCUCAUUCAGGCAACAGGACAACCCAAGACCCCUCACUGUGUUGGAUAAGCAGCUUCCUCCCCCUUGUUAACUGACCAGAAUCAAAUCCCAGCCAAGGAAGUGGCCACCACAGGUGGCCGGGAUGUCCCCCGGGACUGCUUCUGGGGCACUCUCUGGGGCCCGAGCGCAGCGACGCGGACACUGAGCAGAACCGCCACAAGGGCGAGAGCAAUUUCCUGACCCCAACACUGCUGGGUGAAAGCCCGUGUCCUGGGAGAGCCUUCGAGCCACGUGUCCGGGGCACUUCCUCUUUGCUGAGUCUCUGGAAAGUACUUUCUUCCUCCUUCCCAGGAGGCUGUUUCUGGGAACGGGCACUGCAGGAGAGGAGCGGCUGCCUGACCAGUGACCCUUGGUAACAGAUUAAACAAACGUGUAAAAGCUAGCCGUAAAACAAACUUCCUGGGCUCAGACUGAGCCUCCCCUCCCUCGCCUCUUCCUCCCGCCCCCGUGGCACCCACACCCCCACCACCGCCUACAAUGGGCCCACUUGCCCAGCACGGGCUCCAGGAAGCCAGCUUGCCACCACUCCUUGCCACGGCCGCUGUGCCUACAGGGCUUGUGCCCCGGGGCUCCAUCACCUCCCCAGACCUGCCUGUCCUACCUCCUAGGUGGGACGAGUGCCCCCUCCUCAAGGGCUUGUCUGAGUGGCGCUGGGACGUAGCCCAGAGGGGCUGGGCAUGCAGCCUUGGUGUCAGGAGCCCGCUGUCCCUGCCCCCGCUCACCAUGUGGGGCUCGGCCGCACCGUGUUUCAGUGGCUUGCACAGAAUGGGCUUUGGGGUCUCCAGAGCUGCAGCUCCCUGUCCUCCAGAGCUGCUGGGAAGCCCACGGAGUCUGUUCUGGCCCCUGGGCUCGGGGGCCACCAGGGCCUGCUAAGUACUUCCUAUGGAUUUCCCAGUUCAACUCUCAGUCCAGGCCUCAGAAGGAACAAUAUGUGCCUUGACCAAGGCCAGUAAGUGGCAGAUUUGGGGUUUGGCUCCAGCCGAGUCACAACCAUCACCAGACGAAAUGGGAGGUGACAAAUGUCCCAUCUGUUGGAUUUAUUUGUUUGUUUUUGUGUUUGCUUGUUUUUAAUUGAGGUAUAAUUGACAUACAGCAUAUUAACUUCAGCUGUGUAGUAUAAUGACUCUAUAUUUGUGUAUAUUGAGAAAUGAUCACCACAUUAAGUCCAGUUAUGAGGAAUGCCCCAUCUUUGAGCUGCGACGAAUUCCGCACUGGUCGUAGCAGUCCGCUGGUCCAUUUUGGUGGGCUCCCUUCAUUUGGGAGGGGUGUGACUCUGGGGAGAUGGAGUCCAUCCAAGGGGUCACUCAACGGACUGCAUGUCAGCAUUGCUGUUAAUGACUUCUGGGCCUCCCGCUUCCCAGGUGGGAACGGCUCAUUUGCUCCCUCCUCCCUUUGAUGCGGAGGGAGUGUUCCCAGGACAGGGAGUCUGUCACGGGUCUGUACCUUUGACAUUGCAGUAGAAAGACCUGGAUGGAGGACCCAUGAUCCAUGAAAUUAGGUGCUCUCCUCUGAGGGCUCUGUCCCCUGCCUUUGCAGUGGGAUCCUCUUCCCAGGGUCUGGAGGAAAUGUAGGCUGUAGGGGCCAGGCUUGUCCCUUCAAUUUCCCACCUGACACUUACCCUGCGUGGGACACUCCUAACUCAGGACAUCAUGCCCCACAUCUGUAAAGUACAUGCGUGAGGGCAGGCCCAGAGUGGGUGUCUGUGCACACUCAUGCUCUGAACACGUGCUCAUUAAAUCCCCACAUUCGUGGAAGACAUCAGUGCUCCUAUGACAAGAGCGGUCCUCCCACUAAUAACAUAAUCCCCGAAACACACAUGUUCAUGUAUUGAUCCACUGACGGCCUCCCUUGGCAGCUCCGUGUGUGAGGCACACAGUGGGCAUUUGGGGAUGAGGAAGAGAUGGUCUCUGUCCAGCAACUGCUUGUGAUCCAAAGAUCCCCGUGAGCUGCAAGCACCCAACCCGUGCUUACCACAAGGUGGGGUUCAUAACGCUGAACAGAUUUCCUCUUGAAGCCGUGGGACAUGCUCCUUCUCAGAAGGCUGGGCAGAGCUGCCUGCCCAACACCACACAGAGCUCAGCUGUCAAAGGCACGCACACGGCAGCAAACCUUCGCGCAUGGCGUUCGCUGUCAGGGUUCGAAGGAGCACGCGGGUGAGCGUUUCCAUGCCCGUCCACAGAGGUGGCCUCCUGCAGACCAGAGCGAAGGUCUUUGAUGACAUCUAGCUACGCUGAGAACAAAAUCUGGAAACAGAGUGACUGAUGGAAACAAGUAGAGAAAUCUCCUUCAAUCCAUGCUCUGUUAAGUUUUUCCAGGAAGGGUCUAUUUUCACGUCUGCCCACAUGUUGCAACAUUCUUCCUUGACUUCAUGUCAAAAUGGUUCCUUUUCUGGAUCUUAUGGACCAAUAAAGAUGUAAAUGAUGUUUCAAAGUAUUUUGUUGGCCCUGAUCUCAUCUUAGUAAGUGGGGGAAUUCCAACAGUAAGAACAAAAAUGUUUACCUUGCAUUCAGUGUUUAAUUCCCAAAGCCAAACUUGCAAUUUUAAAAUCCCAAGUUCAUUCUCUUCCUAAACCAGGAAAUGAUGCAAUUCAGUUCAAAACGACAAAUACUGAGCUCGCCCUGCCUUCUAGACACUGCUGCUAUGGGGGAGAUGCAUGCCCACAGACACACCCCCACACUGGGGGGCUGUGACAGGCGCGAGAAAGCAGCCACGUGACGUCAUGUGGAGAAGAGACCACGGCCACGGGUCUGUCUCCCUGGCCUUCUGUGCCCUUCCAAAGGCAGAGUGAAUGAGACAACGGGUGUUGAGGAAAAUAGUAAGUACUUUUAGCUGCUACUGCUUAGGACUCCAUAUUACCACUAAAUACACGUUCUCUGAACGUGCGCAUCACGCAAGGGGAACAUGUAUUCAACAUCCACGAUGCGCCAAGCACUAGAGAGAAGAACAGAAGUAGCCUGUGUCCUUCGGCGGUUUGCUUCCUAGGUGGCGCAGUGCUCCAGCUGCAGGAGAUCCUACCUGCAGAACACAGCCCCUCACACGCCCGCGCCCGCGCCCACGCCCACGUGCCUUCACCGGUCGCCGUGUGCUCUGACCUCUCGGGCUCCGGUCUUCAUGCCCACACCUGUAGCUGUCCAGCACCUUCUCCAGCCCUCGACAUUUCUCCAGCUGUCGAGACCGCUUUUCUGUAGGUCUCAGAGCGAGCAUGAUCUCUGGGAUGCCUAUGUGGUGCUAGACCCCUCUCUGCCCCCGACGGUGUCCGGUGCAGCGUGUCAUCACCACGACAUGUGCUGUGACCACGUCUUCCUCUCUGCCCCUCCCUCUGGGACGUGCCUGUGUCUGCUGAGCCCACGGGGCCUGCCUCAGGGCUUGUUCCGAUUAAGUGUCCAGGGAACGCAGGUGUGCGUGUCUGGCCGGGUGACAGGGGCUAGCAAUCAUCAAGGGCCGGACUCUGACCACAGAAUUUUCCAGAACCCUCUGCACUGCCUGGUCAGGGAGACGCCACGCCAUGGGAACAGCGAGUUUAGUCACCAGAGGUCACACGCCCAUCGGUUUCCCUCAGAAGCCAGGAUAUCUGUGCUGUGAUGGUCCCGCCCUCACCAAACAACCAAGCCUCCUGAGGUCCCGUCCACCUUGCGUGCUCGAGGGGAUGGAGGAGACACCUGUGGACUUAUCUCACACACGGCAAAUUGUGAGCAAAUGCCAGCUCAUCAGUUAUUGCGAGGCAUGGAACCCAUAUUAUGCAAUAGCUGAUUGUUCGGGUUUUAUUUCUGCACUGCACUGUUUCCGUACCGGCCUGAGUCCCAGCCCAGCGUGGCGGAGUGAACCCCAGGACUCUGCCUGUGCUAGCACAUGGUGGGGGUGCGUUCAGCCUUGCCGGCCACUAACACCUGUCGGUCACACCCCCGCCCAUGAGCCAGGACCACCCCUGCUGUCCUAGGCAGGAGAGGUUUGCAUGGACUCGCAUCUCAGGGUGUGUGCAUACGUGCCCACACACAUGUGCAUACACGUGCUCACGCAAGGCUCCCCCUCCAUCCCUCUGGCUCCAUAUUGGUUGUAGCUUCUUUGCCCUUUUAUCUUGUCUCAAGGACUCUGCUGAUGUUUUCACCACUGAUCUUGCCCAUAGCCCUUCCAGAUAACAUGACGUGGCUUGUUAAGAUGUGGUGUAUGUCAUAUUGAGGCAGGGUAGGGGUGACCCCACCUUGAGACCAGCCCACGAAACGUGGCCUGUCUCAGGGGCAACAGACACUGGUCACUCAUUCAUUGCUGUCUGUCAAGGGAGAUGUACUGGAACUCUUCAGUUUUGUGCCUUCUGACUUUAUAUUUUUUGAAAAUGUUUAUUUCCUGUUCAUUCUGAAAAGUAGUGAAAAGGAGGUGAUUGUCAUGAGUUAAGAACUGGUGCCUAUUAUAAUUUCAAGCAGUAUCUACACCCUGAGCUUUAAAAAGGGAUCAUGAACCACGGGGAAACUGCCAAUUCCUGGACUUCCUGCAUCUUGUAAAGUCUUGUUAUGAUUCACAGGCCCAACAAUGUCAGGCAAACCCAUUAUCUUCCAGAUUGCUAUUUAUCUGCAGUUCUCGCUUUGUACAAGGCUUGCGGCUUUAUCUGGACUUCACAGAGACUGACCUGGCUGACUCCUCCUGGAGUUGACCAUGGCUGCUUUCCAAACUCGGCACAAAUACUCACACGUAAGGCCGGGAGGAGAACGUUGCCGUGCCAGGACGUCAUGACGGGUGGGACCAUAUCAGCCUCCACCUACAGUGCCAGGUUGACCAGAAAGCUCCGUGGACACAUCGAAGAAUGCUGCCACUCACUGGCUGGAACGUGACUGUGUGGCCGUGUCCACGAGGCGGGGAUAAGACAGCUGGUGUCAGGGGAACAAGAUGUAGUGGCAGUUAACAGUGUUUGACCACAGAGGGAAAGAACGGAAGGGCCGGGAAGGAAGGUUGAAAUGAGCUCAAACCAAAGCUUUUUGGUUAAGUGAAGAGCAGUCUACUCCUGCAGAUGAUGCUGGACAUUUGCUUAGAAGAGUGGCGACCUGGUCCCGUUCUAACCCUCCCUUGCUGUGCAUCUUUAGACACUCCGUCUUGCCUCUCUGUGCAGCCCAAUGCAUGCCACCUGCUUGCCAGCAAGGCCGCGGGGUCUCCCUGCUGAGGGAGGAGACCCUCCGCUCCGGGCGGCCUCGGGCAUCGAUCCAAUGCUGUAGGGUGUGACGGCGGCAGCGUGGCCCCAGCCUGGAAGGGAAUACUGCACAGUGAGGCCUCCAACAGACCGAAGUAUCUCCUUACUCCAUGGAGCCCACUGCUAGUUAAAGGAAGAAAACUGGCCCAUGUAGCGUCUGGAUUAAAUAAUCCUCCAUUUUGUAGUGUUCCCUGGUUGUUUUCAGUACUUUUAAGUUAAUAACAUAUAGAAAAUGGGAUUUUAAAAAUUGACAACAGCUAGAAAGACCCAAUAAGAUGUAGCAGACGCUUGUCCUUUCUGUAAGUGUUCCUGGGAAAGCGCAGCAGUCAUCUGAAGGGCCCCUGGCCGUGAUCACAUGAAGGGAAACACUCUCAAGGGCCAGGAGGAUGGGAAGGCCUCAGGGCGCUCUGCCUGUCCUAAACCAGGUGGGUGACAUGCCAUCAGAUCGGGGUGCCAUACACAGGAUCGUGGUCCUGGGCUCAGCCAGCACAUGCUGUUCUGGAAUGACUCGGGAUGAGCUUCCUGAGACGUGGUCUUGUCCCUAAGGACGGGAAGCCAGGCUGCAGGCAGCGUCUUCCAUGCCCAUCCACGCAGCUGAGCCUAUGACCACGCAGCUAAGCCUGUGUCCACGCCCAUCUACACAGCUGAGCCCGUGUCCAUGCAGCUGAUCUCGUGACCACACAGCUGAGCCCAUGUCCCUGCAGCUGAGCCUGUGUCCAUGACCAUCUACACAGCUGAGCCCGUGUCCAUGCAGCUGAUCUCGUGACCACACAGCUGAGCCCAUGUCCCUGCAGCUGAGCCCAUGACCACGCAGCUGAGCCCGUGUCCAUGCCCAUCUACACAGCUGAGCCCGUGUCCAUGCAGCUGAGCCCAUGACCACGCAGCUGAGCCCAUGUCCCUGCAGCUGAUCCCGUGACCAUGCAGCUGA